GGGAGCCGAGAUCCCAAGGCAGUAAUUCCGCGAAUUCCGCCACCUAACUCCACUCCAUAGAUAUCAGUUUCCGCCCCUCCUCGUGUCGGCGAGGUUGUCCGAUAAAGUUUCUAGCUUUGCUGCUCGUCUUUGACUACUGGUCACCAAUCCUAUCUGUUUUCGCACAAAUUGUAUCGGUGCUAGAAAGUAUCUGCUAAAGGUGACCAUAGCCGUGACCGCAGCCAUGGCGGACAACCGUCGAUGGUUCAACAUGCGAGCGCCGAAGCCUCCCGGACCGGGAAGGAUCCGGGAGGACGAGGAAGGAGUGGAUCCUCCGGAGCAGGAAAUGGAUCCCGCUUCGGACAUUACUAAGCAGAAGGUGGCUGCUGCGAAGAACUACAUUGAGCAGCACUACCGCAACCAGAUGAAGACGAUUCAAGAACGCAAGGAUAGGCGGAACGAGCUGGAGCGGAAGUUGGAGGAGGAGGACGUGCCGGAGGAGGAGCAGCAGCGCAUCAUGCAGGAGCUGGAGAGGCGCGAGACGGAGUUCCGCCGACUGCAGCGACACAAGAUGAGCGUCGACGACUUCGAACUGCUCACUAUCAUCGGUCGAGGGGCCUUCGGCGAGGUGCGCAUCUGUCGGGAGAAGAAGACGGGCAGCGUGUAUGCGAUGAAGAAGCUCAAGAAGGCAGAGAUGCUUCGGCGCGGCCAGAAGAAGACGGGCAGCGUGUAUGCGAUGAAGAAGCUCAAGAAGGCAGAGAUGCUUCGGCGCGGCCAGGUCGAGCACGUGAAAGCAGAACGUAACCUGCUCGCCGAGGUGGAGAGCAAGUGCAUCGUGCAGCUCUACUGCUCGUUCCAGGACGACGAGUUCCUGUACCUUGUAAUGGAGUACCUCCCUGGCGGGGACAUGAUGACGCUGCUCAUGCGCAAGGACACGCUCACGGAGGACGAGGCGAGGUUCUAUGUGGGCGAGACGGUGCUGGCGAUCGAGAGCAUCCACAAGCACAACUACGUGCACAGGGACAUCAAGCCCGACAACCUCCUGCUGGACCGCCACGGGCACAUGAAGCUGUCGGACUUCGGCCUCUGCAAGCCCCUCGACACCAGCACCUUCCCCGCUGUGGAUGUGGAGGAGGCUGCCGCCAUGCUGUCGAACGCGUCCCUUGACGGGAAUCAGUCGGGGUCGGGGCGGAGCCAGGCGGAGCAGCUGCAGAACUGGCAGAAGAACCGACGCACGCUGGCGUACUCCACAGUGGGUACUCCAGACUACAUUGCACCGGAAGUGCUUCUAAAGAAGGGCUACAGCCUGGAGUGCGAUUGGUGGAGCAUGGGAGCUAUCAUGUACGAGAUGCUCAUUGGCUACCCGCCAUUCUACUCUGACGACCCCAUGACAACCUGUCGUAAGAUUGUGAACUGGCGCACGCACCUCAAGUUCCCCGAGGAGAUUGUGAACUGGCGCACGCACCUCAAGUUCCCCGAGGAGGUGAUCAUCUCACGGGAGGCCAGGGACCUCAUCUGCCGCCUGCUGUGCGACGUGGAGCACCGCCUGGGCACCCGCAGCGUCAGCGACAUCAAGAACCACCCGUGGUUCCGCGGCCUCCCCUGGGACCGCCUGUACAAGAUGGAGGCGGCUUUCCUCCCGGAGGUCAACGACGAGCUCGACACCCAGAACUUUGAGAAGUUUGACGAGGUGCCUGAGGCCAGUGGAGCGCAGAAGGCAGGGCCCUGGAAGAAGAUGCUGCCAUCCAAGGACAUCAACUUUGUGGGCUACACCUACCGCAACAUGGAGAUAGUGCAGGAGACACACUCGCCCCUAGGUGGGGCGCUGGAACUGAAAAAGAAGAGCAAGGGCAAGAAGCCAGGCCUCAACUCCCUCUUUGCAGACGCCCCAGCUGCAUCUGGAGGCGGGGACCCUCACGACAGCCAUUCUCACAGCAGUGGCAGCAGGCCAGCGUACGGGGGAGGGGGAGGUGGCGGAGGGGGAGGGGGGAGAGGAGGAGGGGACUACGGGAGGGAUGAUGGGCAAGACGACAGGGGCAGUGAUUACGGUAGGGAGUAUGGGGGGAGAGGGGGUGGGGGAGGAGGAGGUGGAGGAGGGAGGGGAGGGUAUGAUGAGUAUGAGGAGGAAGCGCCUCCAAGGGUGUCUAAAGCGGGAGGGGGAGGGGCAUACAGGCAACAGGAUCAUCACGGGUAUCAAGGUGGUGGGGGUGGUGGGGGAGGGGGUGGGUAUAGCAAUCGUGGUGGUGGUGGGGGUGGUGGUGGGCGGUAUUAGAGGAGUGAGGGUGGUAGGUACAUCUGGCUGGCGACGAUUCGUAGGGGGAUGAUGAACAGUGCACUGUUGCUGAAAAAUGUGCUGAAAAAAACCCGUGAUGCAUGCCUGUUUGGACCACAUGAGGAUGGAAAGACAAUUCUCUUCAUUUGCCAUGACAAGCAAAAGUGGUUUUCUUGUUCGUGUUCAUAUUUAUGGUAAGAUCUGUAUUCUGGGUAUUUA